CGCCCGUUCAGUUCGCUUUCGUCUGUCUCUUAGUUAAGUCACCGGCGUUACCCGCAAACGGGUCCAAUCGAAAGAGUGCGCGCGCGAGCAGUUGCAAACUUGUACUUCAACACGUUUGUUCGUCGAUGUUUAUUGACUAAGAUGCAGCGAUCCUUGCAGAUGAUCAUAAAAUAAAACAGUAACCAGCAGUCAAGAUUGAAAUAGUCAAAUAUUAGUGCAUUUGUGAUAAAGAAGAGAGUGAAACGUGAUCCAUUCUAAAAUGAAGAAUUUAAAAGUUUACACGCUGUUUCUAUUUUUAAUAUAUGCGGAUAAAAUCAACGCUCAGUCAGAGAGCUCAGUUGUUAAAAGUACAGAAAACAGUGAACCGUCAUUUAAAAAUCUUAUAAUCCUGGAUGAAAUUUUACAUGUGUUUGAUAUUCGAAAUGUCGGAGAUAAUUGGAGCGAUAUCAGCAAACGGUUGACAAACAACUGCUCGUUGGAAAUGGAAGACUAUAUGAGAGGAUUACAAGCAGGAAAAGUUUGGGCAGUGAAAAUGGACGAUUCAUCCGGAAAGUACAAUCAAGGAUUCUUCUGGGGAAAUAACUACUGGACAGGCUCGCUUACACAGUGCUCUUUUAUUUAUCGCAAAAGCACCACAAGUAGAAGUAUCAACAAAACCAACAAAAACACCGAUUUUACUUACGUUAACGGAAAUUUUCUUGGAGCAUCAGAUAUGAUGCAUGAGAAUCCUCCAUUCAUUCCAGGAUUUUACAUGCUCAAAGUUUUACUAAAUAAUACUCAUACGCUAGGACCGCCUAGGACCGUUUUAUUGGGGCUGUGUCUUCCUGGAUCCUGUCAGCUAAGUGACGUUGUAGAGAUGACCAUGAAAAGUGAACCUUCCAAUAGAGAUAUCCAAAUUGUUGGCGUGAGGUCACCGACAUUAAACAACUUUUCCUUGUGGAAAGACUUCACGUUCCAGAUUUUAUUCUCCGUCACUCUUAUCAUCGUACUGCUGCUUGUUGGAGGCACUGGUUAUGAUUUAGUACUAAAGAAAAGAUUUGCUGAUAAAAUGAGGAUGAAGAACUAUUCAAAGGAUCUCAAUUCCGAAUCAUCUUCAGGUCUGGGAUGUACGACAUAUGACCUCACGCAAGGGCUGCCUGAAAAAUCAAAUAAGUCAUUCAGCAUUCCAACUGGAGUAAACAAUAAUAAUUCCGAUGAAAACUUAGCCAUUGAACCAGUAACAACAGAGGAGGAAAAAAUUGCUGUAUGUGCUGAGUUGCUCUUGUCAUUCUCCGUGGUAACUAAUUUUCAAUCGAUUUGUGAUAAAAAUGUUGGGAACGAUACAAUUCCUUCCAUCCAUGGACUGCGAGCAAUUUCAAUGCUUUGGGUCAUUCUAGGGCAUACAAUGAUUGUUGUUUUCAAGUACUCUGACAAUAUGGAACUACGAAAAGUUGUGGAGAAGGAAGUGUUAUUCCAAGCCAUUCUUAACGGUGCAUACAGCGUAGACACUUUCUUUUUCAUAAGUGGAUUUUUGGUUUCGUAUAUCUACUUCCGAACUAAUGCGAAAGGAAAACUAGAAAAACUAACUCAGGGUGUGAACGAGUUUACAGCUGGAACAUAUCACUUUUUUGGAUUAGUUGGCUAUCGAUUUGUAAGGUUAACUGCACCGUAUCUGUAUGUUCUUGGUGUUGUGGAAGUAGUCAUGCGAUAUUUGGAACAGAAUUCUGUUUUCGAGCCUCCUACACAGGAUCACAUAAAUUGUCCUAAAUACUGGUGGCGCAACAUUAUGUAUGUGAAUACACUUUUUCCGGUAGAGCAGAUGUGUAUGCUCUGGAGUUGGUACCUAGCAGACGAUACGCAAUUUUAUAUAAUUGGAGCAAUAAUCCUUAUAAUCGCUGUACGCCAUUUCAAGUUUGCUGCUGGAAUGCUAACAGUAUUCAUGAUUUCUUCGUGGGCAACCACUGCAUAUAUUGCAUUCUCAAACAAUCAUAUGCCCAAUGCUGAUGACCCUUUCGCGUUAUUUGACAAGAUCUAUGACAAACCAUGGACGCGGUUAGGACCUUAUUUAGUUGGCAUGUGUGUUGGUUGGAUAUUAUUCAGAACUAACUGCAAAAUCAGUAUGUCUAAGGUUGUUGUGAUUUCUGGAUGGACUGCAUCGACAGUGAUGAUGCUUUAUUUAUUAUUUGGUUUGUUCAACACUACGUUAACGCAGUUAGCCGCAGCAGCAUACAGUUCACUUAGUCACACUGCCUGGGCGAUGGCAUGUGCCUGGGUCAUCAUUGCCUGCUCAACAGGCCAUGGAGGAUGGGUGAAUAAUCUUCUAUCAGCUCCUCUAUUAUAUCCCUUUUCCAGAGUAACGUACUGUGCCUAUUUAGUACAUCCGAUAGUCAACAGGAUAUAUGCAAUGGAAUCAGAUUCGCCUAUCCACAUGUCACCGAACAGCUUAACUACAUUAUAUCUAGGUCAAGUGGUUUCUUCAUAUGUAUUAGCAUUUCUUGUAUCACUUUCAUUUGAAGCUCCUGUAGUUACGAUGCUCAGAAUAUUGUCACCAAACAGAAAGAGACAGAUGUAACAUCCGGUGUAGAUACAACUUCAACGAUCUACUUCUUCACAUUCCUUCUUUUCACAAAUCAUUAUUUUAUAUGAAAAUAUUUAUGCGCAACAUUCCUUCCACUUUCAGUUAGACUUUAGGUGCAUAUUGUAAGUUUGAUCAUUACUGUGUUGUAAAAUAAUAAAUGACUAGCACCUUUGUGUUCUAAAACGCAUACAUGGCAAAUUUUAGGGACUAUUUGAAAACAGAAAUCGAAUAAUGCUCAAUGAAUUAACAAGUAAAUGUAAUGACUGACGCUGUUAAAUUAUAUGAUCGAUGUACACAAGUUACAAAAUAAACAUUGAUAUACAUUAAUUACAAA